AUGAUUGAAAUGAUCUGCAAAGAUAAUAAUGGCCGUUCGUUUGCUCGUAUCGGUGGAGCGAACGCUACGGUAGACUUGUUUGCGGUCCCAGGUGUUCCUAAUUGCUUUGGACUGACCUCCACCAAUGCCGAACCACAAACCACAAGCUCCCCGCUUACAAUGGCUCUUAUUUCCAAGUGGUUAGAGAAUUGUUUGGAUUCUCAUCCCAAGUGUACACAUGAAGGCGAUCCAACUUUACCUACGCGCGUCCUAGAUGUUGGUGGCAUUUCUUCGAAAAGCGUCAAAGUUGUAGAAACGUGUGGAGGAAACGGUCGUUAUUUAUGUCUCAGUUACUGCUGGGGAAAAUCGGAGUUCAUCAAGACGACUAGAAAAAAUCUCGAUGAUCAUAAGAUUGCGAUUCAGUUUGAUAGCUUACCUCAAGUUUUCCAAGAUACUAUUGAAAUUGCUCGUACUUUGGGUAUAAGAUAUGUUUGGAUUGAUGCGCUGUGUAUCCUUCAAAACGACGAACAAGACUGGGAAGCAGAAUCUAAAAUUAUGGCUGAUAUCUAUCACAGAUCAUAUUUGACCGUUGCAGCUGCGUCUGCUGGAAGUGUUGACGAGAACUGCUUCUCCGCAACAAGAGAUACAAUUAUCACCGGGCCUGUUCAGUCACUUUUCAGACCACACUUUCCGUAUCAGGCAGAAGAAACGAACGAGUGUUUUCCUAUGCGUACCAGGGCAUGGACGUACCAAGAACGAUUACUAGCCCCUCGAGUAUUGUAUAUCAGUCGCCAAGAAGUGUUGUGGGAAUGUUUUGAGGAGAAAAAUUGUGAAUGUGGCUUUUCUACAUGGUAUUUCGGCGAUGUGGUGGACAAGAGCGGGUUUUAUGACAAGUGUCUACAGCCAGCACAAGAGGACUACAUGCUUCAAAAUAUGUGGCGGCAAUUAGUUAUGGAGUAUUCAGCAUUGAAUCUGAGCUUUCCAGCAGACAAGCUACCAGCCCUUUCUGCAUUGGCAAAUACCAUCUUUGAUCGCAGAGGAGGUGGGUACGCUGCGGGGCUUUGGAUUGACACGCUGGUCCUUGAUCUAUGCUGGUCCGUAACAAACACCUACGAAACGAAGUGUGACUUCCCCUGGAGAGCGCCAACUUGGUCCUGGGCUUCGAUCGACAGUCCUAUCUACUUCCAUAUAGUACGUUACUACCAGCAAGAGAUUGGCGAGCAUCGGAUACACGCCGAAGUGCGUGAAGUCUAUUGUCCUCGCCAAGGAUCUAAUAGAACGGGAAGAGUGGUCGCAGGAAGCUACAUCGCCUUGAAUUGCGAGCUGAUGCCUGUUCAACAGAAAAACAUCGGGAUGCAAGCUGGGAGUCUGGAUCUAAUAUCGAUACUUGACGGGAGAACUGAAAACGAUGCAAUUGGAGAAAUGUUUUUCAUUCCGCUAUACUCAUCUGAUGACACAUUAUCGGGUAUAAUUGUAACACCAAGCGCUAAUUCCACGGACAACCAGUUUGAGCGGGUCGGAUUCGCUUAUUUUGUUUGCGACUCUCAGACUGAGGCAUUUGUUAAUCGGGGAGCGGGGAAGCGACUGAUUAAACUAAUUUAA